AUGCAAAGCAGAGCAGACAAGCAAAAAAUCAGUCGUAUUCUGGACCAUGUUGAUAUCAAUCAACUGAAAGUUUUGAUUGAUGAAGCUGGUGUUGUUGUUUUGCAAAUUAAGAACUAUGGGACACUUAACAUUGGCAACGAUUUUGAGGACACACUUUCCGAGUCUUCUUCUUAUAGUAGUUCAGAGAGUGCAACGUCUUCUUCUUGUACGUCCUCUUCCGAGUGUUCGAGUGACGAAGAGGAGAAAGAAGAGAAAAGAGUUGGAUCAACAAAUAAAGAGCCAAAGGAAACACAAAAAGAAACACCAAAGGAAACAAGUCUUCCCAAGACAGAAACAGUUGAAAAUAAUACUAAAAGGCCGUCUCCAAAAGAAUUUGAGAGUGAUGAAGACAUCGAGAAAAUCCGCCAAAAAGACUUGGAAGAGGCAAAACAAGCGAUGAUAGAAGAAAGAAAGAGGAAAGCUGUCCAAGAUGAGCUGAAUAAAAAGAAGGCUGAGAUGCACACGAAAGCCAACUUGAAAGUUGAAGACGUUGAUGAUGAAGAUGAAUAUGUUCCAGUUGGUAAAUUGAAAACAAAAGAAGACGAAGAGAAAGCUGCAGAGUACGUCGCACGAUCAAAGAAGAUUCAAAAUCGAACGAACGAUGUUGUCAUUGACAAGGAACUAGCAAUGGGAUAUCUCUAUGUCAACAAUAACAAAUUGACUGAGGCCGUGGAGUACUUCACGACGUUUUUGAGCAAAUAUCCCAAUGUUGUUGGUGGGUUGUUGGGGAGAGGUUCGGCAUAUGCCAUGUUAGCUCGAUUCCAAGAAGCUAUUGUGGACUUCACACAAGCGAUUAAGAUCGACCCAACAUGUGGGGAUUCAUACAAAAGAAGAGGACAGACCCUUGCUGCAACUGGGAAUUUGGAAAGAGCACUCCAUGACUUCAAUAAAGCAAUUGAGUUGUGCAAAGAGACUGAUGCGGACUGUUAUUCACAGAGAGGAUCACUCUUCCAGCAAUACAAAAAUUAUGAACUUGCUAAAGACGACUUUAAAAAGUCGUUAAAACUUAAUGCGUCAGACGCAUCUGCGUGGAAUCACCUUGGACUGAAUAACAACGCACUUGGUCUUAUUGAUGAGGCUGCGGAUGCGUAUGUCCGUGCGUUACAAAUCAACGACAAAUAUGUCGAGUGUUAUGUCAACUUGGCACAACUUCAAAAAGACGCAGGACAAUUCCAGAAGUCAAAGGACAUUUUUAUGAAGCUCUUCAGAAUGUGCCCAACACAUUCUUAUGCCCAUUACGUGUGUGGUGUCUUGUACCAACAGAAUGGAAUGCACACUGCUGCUGUGAACGAGUUCAAAGCAGCACUCGACAAUCGCACAGACCCACAGUACGGCCUAGAGAAGGACAAAGAGAAGUUGCUUGAGUGUUGGAGAUAUAGCGGAGUCACCAAAACUGCUUGUGGAUUUUAUCGAAGCGCAGUCACCGACUAUAACACUGCUUUGGGUAUGGAGAGUGCAGACGUUUCUUGGUAUAUGAAAGAAGUGUCUUUGUAUUCCCAUCAUCUUUUGGACAAACCUUUGAAAGAAUGGGACUUGGAAUCUUUCCUACCCUCAUUCAAAGAAGGAUUCUGCAAAAAAUUGAUUCCAGCCGCUUUGAUCCAAUACGUCGAGCAGAAUCCAUUUGACUCGAAAAUCCUCGAUGUUGACGAGAAGAGUGUUCCAAAUCAAAAGCUUAUAGAAAGUGUAUUAGAACCAGCUAUGUCUAUUGGCAAUUACAUCAAGUAUGACAGUCAGGGUUUUGUCGGCAAUAAGCGACAGUUCAUGAUGGCGGGUUUAGCUGCGAUUGAAAUGGGGCAAUAUAUCAGAGACAAGCUUCCAGAAUGGGUGUUUGGUGGACUCACUGUAGAACAAGCACAAAGGUAUCUUGACAAAAUCAAGUGGAGAGAUUUACUGAAUAUUCCAGUGAAGUGGAGGCAAUUGAGUGAACCGAAUGACCAAGUGUAUUGGAUCGACUUGUUGACUAACGAACAGUUUGAAGAAGGUUUUGGGUCACACACUGCAAUGUUUAUUGGACAGACUCGUGUGGUUCGUUAUUACUGUCAGUUUGAAAGAGCUUUUAAAAUGGUUAAGCAGUUACUUCCUGGCCAAAUUAGUAUGAAAGAUGAUAUGGCUGAGAAGGUGAGAAAUGCUAAAGAUAUGAAGGAGAUUCUUGACUUACUCAAAAGCGAUUUCCAAGUGACAACGCCAUGCAAGUCAGCCAAUUUUGAUGAUCCAAAUCAUCCUGGACAAAAGGUCAGAUAUGAUGGGACGUAUUUGAUUGUUGAAAGAAAGGAACCCGGCUAUGAGUUCGCUAUUAAAACACCAUGCACAUUGAAGAGAUGGAAGUUGUAUGAUAAGGAACUCGAAGCUUGUUGGAGGCAAAUAGUGUUGCUUGCACUCACACGAAAAGGAAAGGAUUAUGAAAUUGAACCAUUAAUGAAGGCCGUCACUACAUUUUUAUUCUACUGGUAUAACUUCAUGCCUUUGAGUAGAGGUACUGCAGUAACUGGAUUUGUGUUCUUACUUGGGAUGUUUGCAUCGUUUGGACUAAAACUUAACAAACACAUUCCAAAGGGGUUACAGACAGACUGGGAAGCAAUUCUUUGUGAAGACCCAGAAAAGUUUAACGAGAUCAUGUUCCAAUGGAUGGACGAGGAAUUUGUGAAGUUUGAUAUUGAUUCGAUACCUGAGAUCCCAAAGGCCAUCCCAACGCUGAGAAGUGCACUGGAAUGUUUGAAUUAUUGCAACAACGUAAAGUACUAA